UACAUCCGGUGAAACAUCUAGGAGGGGUGCUAUCAUUGAGUUAUAGAUGGGAUGUUUCCAUCAUGGCGGCAUCCAUUUCGGGAUAUACUUUUAGUUCUGUGUGUUAUCACAGCGCUAACAGCAACUCUGAUCAUGAGGGAUUCCUUUUAGGAGAAGUUAGGCAUGAAGAAACUGUCAGCAUCAGUGAUACACAGAUCAGCAGUUCUGAACUACUCCAAGUAGUAGAAGUCCACAAUCAUGAACCUUGUGCACAGCUAUUUAGCUUUUAUGAUUAUGCUGGACAAGUCAAUGAAGAGAGUCUUAACAGAAUUCUUAAAGACAGACGGAAAAAUGUCAUCGGCUGGUACAGGUUCAGGAGGAACACGCAGCAGCAGAUGUCGUUCAGGGAACAGAUCAUCCAUAAGCAGCUGACCCAGCUGCUAGGAGUGCCUGACCUAGUCUUCCUCCUCUUUAGCUUCAUCUCCACAGCCAACAACUCCACACACGCCCUGGAGUAUGUGCUGUUCAGACCCAACCGCAGCAGGUACAACCAGAGGGUGACCCUCAGCAUCCCAAACCUGGGCAACACCAGCCAGCAGGAAUACAAGGUCUCCUCUGUCCCCAACACCUCACUCAACUAUGCCAAGGUCAUCAAAGAGCAUGGGGCUGAAUUUUUUGACAAAGAUGGUGUGAUGAAGGAUAUCAGAACAAUUUUUCAAGUCUACGGUGCACUACAAGAUAAAGUGCAAUCUGUAUGUGGAGAGGUUGAGCAGAGUGAACGUGUGAAAGAGAAAGUCCAGGAGGAGGUGAACAAACUCAAACAGCAAAUUGUUCUCAGGAAACGAAAAACCACAGAUGAAGAGAGAAGACUCCAGGAAGCGCAGAACCCUGAGCCACGUCUCACUCCUGAGGAGAACACAGAGCCCCCGGAGACCUCCCUCCUGUCCAGAGUGGCCUUCCACACCCCAUCCACCCCCGAGCGGCCAGGUCCCUCCGCAAACCCUCCUGCCUACGCAGACCUCCUCUCCUUGCAGAAUGACUCACUUCUCCCCUUCUCAUCCUCCCCUACCAGUGCUGCGCUGCUCCCCCGGCCCCAGGCUGUGGGCUCCCCAGGCCACCCUUCUCCCAGCCCAUUAGGUCUGGGCCUCAGUGCUGGCCCCAACCCUGCUCCUAGCCCUGGUACACCAUACCUGGGAAACGGGGACGGAUCCAGCUCUGACUCCCUGGACAGACAGGCCGCAGGGCAAGAGGAUGAUGACGAGGAGGAAGAUGAUGAUGAGGACAGCAGCGAGUACGAGAACCUUGUGAGCGAGGUGGGGCAGUUGCCCCCAGUUUCCGCCAGUGUGUUGCUGCAGGGCCGCCCAGCCGCCCUCAGUCCGGACGGCGACGCCUCAGUCCGUGGUUCACAGACCUAGUAGAUGGGGAUGUGGGGGGGGGCUCAAUUAACUGACGCACCGAGAUAGGAGGGCGUCCAAACCAAUCAAAGAUAAUUAUUCUAUAUUACAGAGGAAGUGCCAGCCCUGAAAAUAAAAGGCAUGCGCAGGUGGGGUAUUCUGCUGUGUAUAUCUGUUUGUCUUAGUUUAUCUCUAUUCUGGGGGGAAUGUCAAGCUUCAUGGGGUUUUACUUUUCUGUCUAGCUUGGAAAAGAUAGUCUGUUGGAGCCUGGCUCUCUUCAGUGGAUGUGUUUUGAUUUAGGGACGGAGGACGUUAUAAUGGAAUAAACGCCAACCGGUUUGUCCGACCUCUCCGUAUGGAUAGACCCACUCCGCUUUUCCUGGAUCAUGCUGCGUCACAUCUGCAUCACCAACUUUAAGCAUCCAAUUGUACCAUUACCUCUUGCACUAUUUUUGCUUUUUUUAAAACAAUUUAAGAAAAGCAAAAGAAAUGUUCUGCGGCCUUCAAACCUUUUCUUUUUUUUUGAGACAGGCGAGAGAUUUUUUUUUCAAUAUUUUUGCGGUCGUGAUUUGCUUAUUACAAAAAAGAGAUGGUGGUGACUGCCAAAGUAAUGGAAACACUUGAAAGUAUAUUCAAAGCAGGUGCUUCCAAACACAGGUGGGGAACCUGAGUUAAGCUAUUAUCAUCCCAUCAUGCCUAUGGGCAUGUAUUAAAAAUGCUUGGGAGGCCAUUAUUUUGGCUACUAUGGCUAUGCCACCAACCACAGGGCACUAGUUGUUACUGAAUGGUUUGAUGAGCAUGAAAACAAUGUAAACCAUAUUCCAAUGCUGUCUGUCACCAGACCUCAUCCCGAUUGAACGCUUAUGGGAAAUUCUGGAGUGGUGCCUGAGACAGCAUUUUUCACCACCAUCCAUGUCACAUCCCUCCCAAGUUCCAGACACUUGUAGAAUCUAUGCCAAGGUGCAUUGAAGCUGUUCUGGCCCCAACGCCCUAUUAAGUCACUUUAUGUUGGUGUUUCCUUUAUUAUUGUCAGUUAUGUAUGUAAACUAUCAUUUCGGUAGCCUGCACGGUUCUAGACACUCAACUUUGAACUGUCAUUAGGAUUUAAUUUCCUUUUAACAUUGAUGUAUUUUUAUGAAUCAUGCGGUUGCCUAUUUAGUUGACGAAGAAUAGUUUUUAUUCAAAGUUUUCCUUUGUCACUACUAUAAUGGGUGCUUAUAUUAUUUUUAUGACGACGUUAAUGUCACUUUCAUUCUUCUACAAUAACACUGAAACUGUAUGCGCUUUGCUGCACUUAACAAAUGUAGUUGAUUUAUUGUAUUGUGCUUUAUCGAUGCAGUUCAGUUGUGCUACUUGAGUAGUAUGCUUUGACCACCUGAGCAGAGCUAGCUCAGCUUUUGCGCAUUGUAUGGGGUCGACAGGGCGAAAACAACUGACUGUACCUUUACUAACCAGACAACUCUGCUGCAUCAGAGCUAGCAGUAAACAAGAAACUGCUUCUACAUAGACCUGUCUGCUUCUUCCACCUGUUGUCCUUGCACUGGUGGUUGCCUCCAUUACUGCUGACACUGACUAGAAUGGCUUCUCCCUAGGUAAUUCUGAUGGAAAGGUUCUCCCUGUAGUGUCUAAAUGUGUUACAGCCUGGGAACAAGGCAACUCCUGCCUGUCCUGUCAAAACCAAUAGACCUCACACACUCAAUGCUGGCUGGGCUAAAUGUGUAUGGACCUUUUGAUAAUGUGACAAAUAUGACCUCAAUUCAUAGUCCAGUGCCUUCCAUUUUGACAGUUACACUGGCUCGUAACUACACACACAAUGCAAGCGACUGGAAAGAAGUUUGUUCCAAUUGUGGUGAGAGGAUCCUUUACCCUGCAGUGUUAUCCUAGGCCUUGUCUAUAUUUUUUGUGCUCUGCUUACCCCACAUCAUAUUUGGUUGUUUACAGUCACGUUCGUUAAGCUAA